AUGUCGUCGUUAAGUCGAGAACUUGUGUUUCUGAUACUACAGUUUCUCGAUGAAGAAAAGUUCAAAGAAACCGUUCACAAGCUCGAGCAGGAAUCGGGUUUUUUCUUCAACAUGAAGUAUUUCGAAGACCAGGUGGUGGCGGGGGAGUGGGAGGAGGUGGAGCGUUAUCUCGCGGGUUUCACCAAGGUCGACGACAAUCGCUACUCCAUGAAGAUCUUCUUCGAGAUCAGGAAGCAGAAGUACCUCGAAGCGCUGGAUAAGCAAGAUCGAGCCAAGGCUGUUGAGAUCCUGGUGAAGGACCUCAAGGUGUUCGCGUCGUUUAACGAGGAGCUCUAUAAGGAGAUCACCCAGCUACUGACCUUGGACAAUUUCCGCGAGAACGAGCAGCUGAGCAAGUACGGGGACACCAAGUCGGCGCGCAACAUCAUGCUGCUGGAGCUGAAGAAGCUCAUCGAGGCCAACCCGCUCUUCCGCGACAAGCUGCAGUUCCCCAACCUCAAGAACUCGCGCCUGCGCACGCUCAUCAACCAGAGUCUAAACUGGCAGCACCAGCUGUGUAAGAACCCGCGCCCCAACCCCGACAUCAAGACCCUCUUCGUGGACCACACCUGUGGCCCCGCUCCCAACGGCGGCCGCACACAGCCGCAGCAGCCUGCUCCGCCCAACUCGCUCCUCUCCGCCGUUCAACAGCAGCAGCAGCAGCAACAACAGCAGCAGCAACAGCAGCAGCAGCAGCAGCAGCCGCCCAAAGCCCAUCCGUUUCCCCUGGGGCCGGUUGGCGUGGGCGUGGGCGUGGGCGGGCAUGCGCAGCCACUGCAGCCCUUCCAGCCCGGGGGCCCAUCCGCCUCCGCCCUGGCGGGGUGGAUGGGCGGACAGCCGCCUGCAGCUGCGCCUCCCCCCCACGCUGUGGUGCCGCCCCCCCCUGCCAACCUGCCCCCAGGGCCCAACCCAGCGAUGCUGAAGAGGCCGCGCACGCCGCCAGGCAACCCGGUGGCGGUGGAGUAUCCGGGCACAGGGGACUCGGACAUGGUUCUGAAGCGCCCUAGGGGUGGCAUGGACGAGGUGUAUGGCCAAGUCCCGCCCAAUCAGCAGCCGCCACCUGUCCCAGGAGCAAUCCCAGGGCCGCCAGUACCAGCAAUAGGAGGCAACGUAGCAGGGGCAGGCCUGGGAAGCGCCGUGACCGCCGCCGCCGCCGCAGCAGCUGCAGCAGCGGCAGCGGCAGCAGCGGGGGGACAGGGCCCAGUGGCGCUAGGAGCAGGGGUGGGGGGGGCGGGCGGGUAUGCAGUGGAGGAUCUGCCCAAGACGAUUGCAAGGAACCUGAACCAGGGCUCGUGUGUCAUGACCAUGGACUUCCACCCCUACCAGCCCACACUGCUGCUCGUGGGCAGCAACACGGGGGACGUGGCCAUAUGGGAGGUGGGGUCGAGGGAGAAGGUGGUGGACCGCCCUUUCAAGCUGUGGGACCCACAGCAGUGCUCGCCGCAGUUCCAGACGCUAUGGAUGAAGGAUCAGACCAUUGCUGUGAAUCGCGUCAUCUGGGAGCCAAAUGGACAACUCUUUGGUGCGGCGUUCUCAAAGCACAUGGUGCACAUCUACACGUACCAGAACCCUAGCAGCAUGGGCCAGCACCUCGAGAUCGAUGCACAUGUGGGUGGAGUGAACGACCUGGCCUUCUCUCACCCCAACAAGCAGCUCUGCAUCAUCACAUGCGGCGAUGAUAAGACCAUCAAGGUGUGGGAGGCGAGCAGUGGGCGCAAGCUGUACACGUUUGAGGGUCAUGAGGCGCCCGUCUACUCCGUGUGCCCGCACCACAAGGAGAACAUUCAGUUCAUAUUCUCGACGGCCAUAGACGGCAAGAUCAAGGCGUGGCUGUACGACCAUCUGGGGUCGAGGGUGGACUAUGACGCCCCUGGCAAGUGGUGCAGUACCAUGGGGUACUCCGCUGAUGGCACGCGCCUCUUCUCCUGUGGCACGAGCAAGGAGGGUGAGACGUCGCUGGUGGAGUGGAACGAGAGUGAGGGCGCCAUCAAGCGCAGCUACCUGGGCUUCCGCAAGCGCUCGCUGGGCGUGGUGCAGUUUGACACCACGCGCAACCGCUUCCUGGUUGCCGGUGACGAGUACCUCAUCAAGUUCUGGGACAUGGACAACACCGCUGUGUUAUGCACGCUCGACGCUGAUGGUGGCCUGCCGGCGAGUCCAAGAGUGAGGUUCAACAGGGAGGGUUCUCUCCUAGCAGUGACAGCAGCGGACAACUCAGUGAAGAUCCUCGCCAACGACAUGGGCCUGCGCCUCCUGCGCAACCUCGAAGCCGCUGCCGCCACCGCUGCAGCCGCCGCCGCUGCCGCUGCGGCUGCUGCAGCUGCCCAGAGACCUGUCGAUACCAAGCCGCCACCACCUGCCCUGCCCCAGCCCCCAUCGCAGCAGCAGCAGGCCGUGCAGGCAGCAGCAGCUGCAGCCGCCGCCGCUGCCGCUGCUGCUGCUGCUCAGGCGUCUCAGCAACCGCCCCCUCCCCAGGCGCCAUCUCAGCAACAGCAGCAGCAGCAGCAACAGCAGCAGCAGCAACAGCAGCAGCAGCAGCAACAACAGCAACAGCAACAGCAACAGCAACAGCAGCAGCAGCAGCAACAGCAGCAGCAGCAGCAGCAGCAACAACAACAGCAGCAGCAGCAACAACAGCAACAGCAGCAGCAACAGCAGUCACAGCAGCUUGAUCGGUCGUCCCCUGCUUCGGCUCUUACUGCUUCGAGGAUGCAGGAGGAUGGGCCAGACAAGAAGGGGUGGAAGCUCACUGAGUUCUCCGAGCCAUCACAGGUCCGGGCCGCCCGCCUGCCGGACAGUCUGCCGCCCAGCAAGGUGCUGCGUCUGAUCUACACCAACUCAGGCGUGGCGCUCUUGGCCCUCUCUGCCAAUGCCGUGCACAAGCUGUGGAAGUGGCAGCGCUCCGACCGCAACACCAAAGGACUGGCAACUGCAAGCUCUGUCCCGCAGCUGUGGCAGCCGGCCAGCGGCAUCAUGAUGACGAACGACACGGGCGAUGUGAGCUCGGACGACCGGGAGGGAGCGCACCCGGUGGCGUGCAUAGCGCUGUCGAAGAACGACUCGUAUGUCAUGUCCGCCUCGGGGGGCAAGGUGUCGCUCUUCAACAUGCUCACCUUCAAGGUGAUGACGACGUUCAUGGCGCCGCCCCCAGCAGCCACCUUCCUGGCGUUCCACCCGCAGGACAACAACAUCAUUGCCAUUGGCAUGGACGAUGCCACCAUCCAGAUCUACAACGUGCGCCUCGACGAGGUAAAGAGCAAGCUCAAGGGGCACAGCAAGCGCAUCACGGGUCUGGCCUUCUCCAACGCCCUCAACAGCCUCGUCUCUUCCGGGGCUGACUCCCAGCUCUUUCUCUGGAGCACGGACGGGUGGGAGAAGCGGAAAUCCCGUCCGCUCGCCCUGCCGUCCCGUUCAUCCCCCACAAGCCAGGCGGACACGAGGGUGCAGUUCCACAACGACCAGCAGCGCCUGCUGGUGGUGCACGAGUCGCAGCUCGCCAUCUACGACGCCGCCAAGCUCGACCGCCUGCGCCAGUGGCUGCCCCGCGACCUCGGCCCGCUCUCCGCACCCAUCACUGCCGCUGCUUACUCCUGUGACUCGUCGCUCGUGCUUGCUGCGUUCGCGGAUGCGACAGUGUGUGUGUUUGAUGGGGAUAGCCUCAGGCCGCGGUGCCGCGUUGCUCCUUCGGCGUAUGCACCGUCUGUCGGCCCGGGUCUUGUGGUGCCUCUGGUGGUCGCAGCACACCCGCAAGAUCCAAACCAGUUCGCUUUGGUGGAGCAGGAGGAACGAGAGGAGGAGAACAAGGGAGGGACGAAGGGAGGAGCGAAGGUUAGGGCGAAGGGAGGGAGGAAGCAGAAGGGUGCAAAGACACGAGGGAAGAGGAAGAAGGAAAGGGAGGAGGAGGAGGUGGAGGAGGAGGAGGAGGAGCGAGAGGAGGAGACGGAGAAGGAAGCACAGGUUGAGAAAGGGAGAGAGGCGGGUGCAAAUGGGCAGAGCGGCAAGAAGAGGAGAAAGGCAGGGGAGGAAAUUGAGGCUGACGUUGCACGGCCAGAGGCUGACGUUUCAAGGCCACAAGCUGACGUUGCAGAGGCCGGGCCGGAUGCAGCAGCGACAAGAGAGGCAGAAGCCGCAGGAGCGGCGGGAGAGGGGCUGAUUGCAGAUGGGAAGGACAAGGGAGGAGUGACGAGGGGAAAAGGGGGAGAGGAUCUGCACUCGCGUGCUAGGGCGGGGGCGGAGGAGGGGGACAAGGAGCGAGAGGAACGUGAGGAGAUAGAACGGUCGGUAGGAGAUGCCGAAGGUCGAGCGGAGGGGCGAGCAGAAGGACGAGCCGAGGUACGAGCGGGGGGACGAACGGAGGGAGAGGCAGAGGGACGCGCAGAGGGAGAGGCAGAGGGACGCGCGGAGGGAGAGGCAGAGGAAACAGCAGGAGUCUCGCCCGAGGGAGCAUCGUUGGGGACGGAGAGGGCGGACACAGGCAGCCGAGAGGCAGAAGCCGGCGCUGGUGGGAAGAUGGGUGCUAGUUUGGUUUAUGCUAGGAAGAGUGGGAAGGGGGGGAAGCGUGGAAGAGGUGGAGAAAGCGGAGAGAUGGGAGGGGACGCGUUGGCGACGCCAGGUGCAGCAGCAGUUGAUACAGGAGCUGCAGCUGCGGCAGUGGGAAGUAAAGCAGCAGCUGGAGUGGUGGCAGAGGCAGACGAGGAUGUGUUUUCUACCCCUCCAGUUGAGGGGGGCGGGGGGGAAGGGGAGCGGGAGAAGGUGGAGAAGGAGGAGAAAGGGGGGAAGGGGGAGAAGGCGGAGAAGCGGGAGAAGGGGGAGAAGGCGGGGGAGAAGGGGGAGAAGGCGGGGGAGAAGGCGGGGGAGAAGGCGGGGGAGAAGGCGGGGGAGAAGGCGGAGAAGGCGGGGAAGAAGGGGAAGGGGAAGGGUGGAGCGGAAGCAGGCGAGAUGGACAAGGAAAAGAAGGUGGAAGCGGGCGGGAAGGGGAAGCAAAAAGGGGAGAUGAAACGGCAGCAGAUGACAGAGCAGCAGGAGGAGGAGGAGGAGGAGGAGCAGGAGGAGGAAGAAGAGCAGCAGGAGGAGCAGCAGGAUGAGGAGCAGGAAGAGGGUGAAGUAGAGGUGGGAAGAGCAGCUGGAAAGGGGGUUAAGGCGAAGAAGGGCGGGGCUGUGGUGGAGCGCAGGAGCACAAGGGCUCGUAAGAGAGAGGAGGAGGGAGGUAUGGCUGAGAGGGAGAGGAGGGGCGCGAAGGGAGGUAUGAAAGGAGGCACGAAGGGAGGCGUGAAGGGAGAAGGGAGGAAAGAAGGAGCGGGAGAGGAGGAGAGUGUGGCUAGAGGAAAGGGGGAUGGCGGGAGAGGGAGGGGAAAGGGAGGGAAGAAGGGCAGGGGGAGGGAGGAAGAGCAAGAGGAAGAGGAGGGUGUGGAGGAGGAGGAGGGUGCGGAGGAGGAGGAGGGUGCGGAGGAGGAGGAGGGUGCGGAGGAGGAGGAGGAUGCGGAGGAGGAGGAGGGUGGAGAAGGAAUGGAGGUGGAAGAAGGGGAGGUUGUGGGCGACGGUGAAGUGGAGGGAGGGGAGGAGGAAGGGGAGGAGAAAGGGGAGAAGGGGCGAGCAGAAGCGGAGGUAGAGGAGGGAGAAGAUGAAGAGGAGGAAGAUGAUAGUGUGGAUGAAAAUGGCUCAGAUGAGGAGAGUGAGGAGGAGGAGGAGAGUGAGGAGGAGAGUGAGGAGGAAGAGGAGGAGUAUGUGCCCAGUUCACAGAAGGCCAAGAAGCCUCGUGCAGAGGGGGGGGAAGUCAAGAAUAAGCAGCAACCUGUCGCCGCACCUCACAUAGUCCAGGCAGGCAAUGCAGAGGACGUGGAGGAAGCAGCGUUUAGGUGGAUGGAGGGGUAUGAGUUCAACCGCACCCAUGCCACGGCUCAGCUGCUCAAACUGCUCUUUCAGGCAUGUGGAGUGCAGGUGGUGAUGGGAGAUGAUGCCAUCAUGUCAGAGGGAGUGGGGGUGGAUGACGUCGUGCGGACCCUCGGGCCGUGUGUGUGUAUAUCUCUUUCUCUCUCCUCCCACCCACAACCCUACCAGGCGUGUGGAGUGCAGGUGGUGAUGGGAGACGAUGCCAUCAUGUCCGAGGGCGUGGGGGUGGACGAUGUGGUGCAAACUCUUGUCGACUCCGCCCGCCAAGUCCCCCUGCUCGACCAUCUGCACCGCACUCCACCGCACCACAGCCACCACCACCCCACUGCCAACGACGGCAGGGACGGCAAGGGCAGCAAGGGCGGCAGCGGAAAGGGCGGAAGUGGCAAAGGUGGUGGUGGUGAUGGGGUGUCGUUCCGCACGUCGCUGCUGCGGUUCUGGGAUGCGCUGGUGGUGGCGGGGGGGCGAGAGGGCGCUCUCUUUGACUCGCAGCUGCUGCCCACCCUCCUUGACUACCUCGUUGCCCUCUCCUCGUACGUCCUUUUAUUCCCUUUCCCGUACGUCCAAUUCUUCUGUCACGUGUUCUUUGUGCAAAGUGCUGAAUUAAAACCGUCUUCUCCCCCGUCCCUCCCCCCCCAGCUCUUCCCCCCGCAUAUUCCGCCACGUGGCAACACUUGUGGUGUUGCAGCCCAUCUCCCUACCAUCCCCCUUUUGCACUCCCCCUACUCUCCUCCCCACUUCUCCCCUCUCCCCAGCUCAUCGCCCCGCAUAUUCCGCCACGUGGCAACACUUGUAGCUCUGCAGCUGAUUUCCUCCAUCAUCACCGUCGCUUCCGUGCUCUCUGACUCGCAAUCCACGGCCCAGAGGCAGCUGCAGGCCGCGAUCCGACGAGUGGCUACAGGGGUGAGGGUGAAAGUGGCAGCAUUGCAUAAUAACGCACCGCCAUCGCGAUGUGGACCCGGCCAUCAGAGCAGCGUGUGUGGCGGCGCUGGGGCAGUAGGUGACACACUGCUCCUCUCUCUUCCCACACAUCCCCUUUGCACCUCCCUCCCUUCUGCAUCACCCCUUGCCCUUCCCACCCUCGACUCCAGCAUAAUAACGCACCGCCAUCGCGACGUGGACCCAGCCAUCAGAGCAGCGUGCGUGGCGGCGCUGGGCCAGUGGGUGACUCGCUACCCGUCGCUCUUCCUGGAUGAUGUGUAUCUCAAGUACCUGGGCUUCUCACUUAAUGACAAGGUGGCAUCUGUGCGCCUCACGGCGCUGUCAGCGCUCCAAUCGCUGUACGCCAACGAGGACAAUCUCCCGGCGCUUGGCGUCUUUUCGGAGCGCUUCGUGCCACGUGUGCAGCAGAUGGUGGAUGACGUGGAUGCUGACGUGGCAGUGGCUGCUGUCUCGUUGGUCCAGCUUCUUGCCAGCAACGACACCCUCCCACACAACAGCGCCACAGCUCUCCUCUCCGAUCGCCUCACAGACGACUGCCUUCCGCUCAGACUCGCCGCCUGCCACGCCCUCUUCCUCCUCCUCCUCGCCUCCUCCCCCCCUCCCGCCACUCCCUCUGCUGCUGCUGCUGCUGCUGCAGCAGAAGCACGCAAAGGAAAGCGCCAGGGGGAAGGCAAGAGGGCGGAUGAGAAGGGAGGGAAGGGGGGUCAGGGAGGGGAGGGGGAGGCGGGGGCAGGGAGGCAGGUGGUGGUGGUGGUGCGGAUGCUGCAGGCGUGUGGGGAUGCGGUGCAGGCUGGGUACGUGGUGGAUGCUCUGUGGGAGCGAGUGCCUGCACUGAUGGCGUGUGGGGAUGCGGUGCAGGCUGGGUACGUGGUGGACGCUCUGUGGGAGCGAGUGCCUGCAUUAACGGUGAGCUCGCUGCAUUCGAAUGCUUUGCAUGCUGCAGUCCUCAUAUCCCUCUCUCCGGAAUGGUCAUUUGUAUUCAUGCACCACAGCGAGUCCGACACUCAAGCCACGCCUCUCACCCCCUCUUCCCAGCCGCUCUCCCCCACUCCCCCCUCCUCCUCCACGCCCUCUUUCCCCUCCUCGCCUCCUCCUCCCGAAGCCGACACACCCACACUCGCCCUCCUCCUCUCCCUCGCUGCUCGCAAGGCCAUGGGGCUGCCGAUUGUGCCGAGGAGUGGCGCGGAUGUGAAGAGAAAGGCGCCCGCUGCAGUGUCCAAGGCCAAGAAGACCGCUGCCGAUUGUGCCGAGGAGUGCAGCGGAUGUGAAGAGAAAGACGCCCGCUGCAGUGUCCAAGGCCAAGAAGCGGAUGUGAAGAGAAAGACGCCCGCUGCAGUGUCCAAGGCCAAGAAGACCGCUGCCGAUUGUGCCGAGGAGUGCAGCGGAUGUGAAGAGAAAGACGCCCGCUGCAGUGUCCAAGGCCAAGAAGCGGAUGUGAAGAGAAAGACGCCCGCUGCAGUGUCCAAGGCCAAGAAGACCCUGGGAUUGCCGAUUGUGCCGAGGAGUGCAGCGGAUGUGAAGAGAAAGGCGCCCGCUGCAGUGUCCAAGGCCAAAAAGUAUCCAUUAGUGCUCGAGGCAACCAUGCGUGCUUCCCUCUUCUCCCCAACUGGUCAUAUACGUCAUAUGCGCCCACCUCCUCUCUCCUCCCCCUCGCCCUUCUCCCUGUGGACUUACCAGGAGCGGCAGGCAGCAGCAGUGGUGGAGAUGACGGGGUUGCUGGUGAAGGUGCUUCCACCAAUGAUGAGGCGCCACGUGGCGGACGAGCGUGUGCUGCUGCGGCUGCUGGAGGCGGCAGAGUGUCUGGACGUGGGGGCGCUGGCACACAGGCAGCAACAGGAGCCCCUUCUCGCGAUCCUCUCAGUGGCGCGUGACAGCCUGGCACGCCACGUCAGCACGGCGGUGAUGGCGGCAGCGACACGUGUGCUGCUGCGGUGCAUGUGGCGAGCCCAGGGAGACAUGCGGGAGCAGGCAGAGGAGGCAGUGAGGGGCGCCGUGCGCAGUGUGGUGGUGGGGAAGUUGAAGGAGGAAGCACAUAGCGCUCUCAAUGGGGACAUGCGCGAGCAGGCGGAGGAGGUAGUGAGGGGCGCCGUGCGCAGUGUGGUGGUGGGGAAGUUGAAAGAGGAGGCACACAGCGCUCUGAAUGUAAGUUCCAAGGUUCGCGCACUAUGUGCUGCUGCGGUGCAUGUGGCGUGCCCAGGGGGACAUGCGGGAACAAGCAGAGGAGGUAUGGGCAGGAAGGGAACGGCAGGCCAUGGGGCAGAUGCGGCAGGGAGGGAAGCAGCUGGUGCUGAGGCUGAUGGGGAGUCAGGGGAGGAAAGAGGGCAGAGUGCCGGUGGCGUGAGUGACGGGGUGGGGGAGCAAGAGGAGGAGGUGAGGGAGAGGCAGGGGCGGCUGAUGGGUGUGCUAAUGAGGCUCAUGGAAGCGGGGGCGAACGGAGGGAUAGCAGUGAACGAAGGAGGGCAGGAGCAGGGCGAUGAGCAAUCAGAGGAGGAAGAGGGAGGAGGCAGUGGAGUGGAAAGGGAAGUCACACCUGAAAACGUCAACGCCUACUGGGCGGCAUGCAGUCGUCUGCUUCCCACUUGCUCUGCAGAGAGGGGAGAGAGCACGCAGAAGAGGCAGCAUGAGAGGGUGUCAGAAAGAGGGGAAGAGAGAGUGGUUGCAGCAGCAGCCAAGCUGGUGCUGUGCGGUGCUGUGGACCCUGAGUUGCUCGCUCCUGCUGUGCUGUCACGGCUUGUGGUGGUGGGGAGGGGCGAGAAGAUGGAUGAUGGUGGUGAUGAGGAGGAUAGGGAGGAUGAGGAGAGGGAGGAUGGGGUGGCACGGCUGUUUUUGUCUCAUCUGCAGCAGAGGAAGAAGCGGGCGGCAAGCGAGGGAGGGAAGUUUGAGCUGUGGCGGAUUUUCCUUCAGGCGCUCAAAAUGACCUUCAUUCCCACUCUACCACUCAUCUCCAACCACUCGCACACAGAGGAUGACGUGUCACCAUCUCAUUCGCCAAGCCCAGCUUCUGUGUCACGCUGUGCCAGCCUGGCAGUCCGGCUGGCAGCUGCAGCAGCCGCCCCGCAGUUCUCUGCGCAGCGAUUGGCCGAGCAGCGGGCGGCGAUUCGGCAGCUAGUGCAGGAAGGGGUGGCAUUCGCGUUCGAGUCGCUGCCCGACAGGCUGGCGUUCCUUGAGUGCGCGCUUCGACCGUUUGCUGUGAAGCUUCCUGGAAACGAUGCUCGAAGCAUUCUAAACGCGGUAGAGGAGAGGGUGUCAGCCGUGGAUGAAGAUGUUGCUGAUGACGUGGCAUCAUCUGAGCCCUUGGUGGCCUUCACGUCUGUUCUGAAAGAGAGAGCAGCAACAGCACCGCCACCUGCACCAGCACCAGCUGCAGCCAAGGAAAAGGCGGCAGAUGGACCGACAGGUAGGGCAGCACAUGGUGCUGCAGGUAAUGCUUCAGGUGCUGUGUCAGAUGAGGCAGGAGGUGAAGCAGAAGCAGACGGAGACAUUCACAUUGAGGGGGGCGAGGAAGGGAGAGGGGGGGUGGGAGGGAGCGGGGAAGGCAGGAGACGGACUCGUCGUGGUGGUGGUGUGGAUGAGAGUGAAUCGGCUGUCAAGCGCAAGAAAUGCUCCUUCUCCACUGCUGCUGCUGCUACUACUGCUGGUGCUGUUGGUGCAGAUGCUGCUGGUGGGCUGGAUGAGGAGGAAGAAGGAGUUGCCAGGCAGGAAGGUGAUGGAGAGGGAGGGGAGGAUGAGUCAGGGGGAGAAGAGGAAGGGGAGGUUGGGGAGGAAGGGACAGCGGAGGGGAGGGAGGAUGGUUCAGAGCCAGGGUUGAGUCAGCCAGUGGGAGGGGGCGUGUUGGAGGCUGAGCCAAUGGGAGGCGAGAGGAAGUAUGUGAGGAAGAAGAGGAGAGGUUCGGUGGUGGACGGGGUGGGAGAGGAGAGGAGAAUGAAGAGGAGAGAAGAGAGGGGUGGCGAUAGGUUGGAGGAGCGAGCUGGUGCUGUAGCAGUCGGAGUAGGGGGUAGGGCGUUGGAAGGUGGUGAGCAAGGAGGGGAGGCAAUAGGGGAAGAAGAGGACAAUGCUACACAAGGCACAGUGGAAGAAAGUACUCCUGAUGCAACUCAGGAUGAAACGCAAGUGGAAGGGAACACCCAAGAUGCGACUCAAGAUGAGACGACUCAAGACGAGACGACCCAAAACGAGACGCAAGGGAUCACCCAAGGAAAUGAAUUGGGGGAAGAUGGGAGGGAGAUGGGAGGGAGGAGUGCCGGGGCCACUGAGGAGCAAUUGCCUUCCUCUUUUGAGGCUACGGAGGAGGAGCUUCCUUCUUAG